CGAGUAGAGCAACACUCACACAUCCAUUAGCCAUUGAAGAUGAAGAGAAUUUCUCUGCGAAAUGGCAAUGCUAUUCCCUUUAUCUCUUUCUUCCCUAAUUCACAUUCUGCUUCCGCAAUUUUAGGAAAGGGUAAAGUUGGGUUAAACAGCAAAGUAAAGAGUUUAGAUGAUGCUGUGAAUCUCUUCAAUCAAAUGGUUAGAAUGAAACCUCUUCCUUCACUUGUCCAUUUCUCUAAAUUGUUUAAGAAUAUGAUAAGUAUGAAGUAUUACACUGCUGUCCUUUCUCUUUUUCGAGAAAUGCAGAAAUUGGGUAUCCCAAUUGAUGGGUUCAUAUUGACUGGUGUGAUUAAUAGUUAUUGUCUGAUGCAUCGUUCUGAUUGUGCAUUUUCGGUGUUACCCAUUUACUUGAAGAGUGCCAUUCCAUUUGAUGUUGUUACCUUUAACACCCUAUUAAGAGGAAUCUUUGCUGAAAAUAAGGUUAAAGAUGCAGUUGAAUUGUUCAAAAAAUUGGUGAGAGAGAAGAUUUGUGAGCCCAACGAAGUCAUGUAUGGAACCGUCAUGAAUGGGCUUAGCAAAAGGGGGCAUACUGAAAAAACUCUAAGUUUGCUCCGUUUAAUGGAACAAGGGAACACUAAGCCCAACAUAUAUAUCUACACCAUUGCUGUUGAUGCCCUUUGCAAAGAUGGAAACUUAGAUGCUGCUAUCACUCUUUUGAAUGAGAUGAAGCAGAGAGGUAUUCCUCCAAAUGUAGUCACAUAUAGUUCAUUAAUUGAUGGUUUGUGUAGGAUUGGUCAGUGGGGAAGGGUUAAGAUUAUGUUAUCUGAGAUGGUGAACCUUAAUAUUUAUCCAAAUGUGCUCACCUUCAGCAUACUUACUGAUGGACUAUGCAAAGAAGGGAAAGUUGAAGAUGCGGAGGAUGUAAUGAAACACAUGGUCGAAAAGGGUGUAGAGCCUAAUAUAAUCACCUAUAAUGCGAUAAUGGAUGGAUAUUGUUUGCGUGGUCAAGUGGAUAGUGCGAGGAGAAUUUUUGAUACCAUGAUAGAUAAGGGCAUUGAGCCUAGCAUUUUUAGCUAUAACAUACUAAUAAACGGAUACUGUAAGAAAAAGAAUUUGGCUAAGGCCAUGCAAUUGUUUUAUGAAAUUUCUCAAAAGGGAUCAAAACCUGAUAUUGUUACCUACAAUACUAUCUUGCAAGGUCUGUUUGAAGUUGGAAGAACUGGUGAUGCAAAACAAAUUUACGUUGAGAUGCUAUCUGCGGGGACCAAGCCUGAUAUAUACACUCAUCUCAUUUUGCUCAAUGGUUAUUUUAAGUGCGGACUUGUUGAAGAAGCUAUGUCACUCUUUAAUAAGUUAGAAAGAAGUGGAGAAUAUACUAAUAAUGCAUUUUAUAGUGUUGUCAUUAACGGAUUGUGCAAAAAUGGUAAACUUGACGAAGCGCGUGCUGUUUUUGAGAAGCUUUCUUUUAUUGGAAUGCUCCCAGAUGUGAGAACAUACACCGUAAUGAUACUUGGAUUUUGUCUUGAAGGGUUGUUUGAUGAAGCUAAAGAUAUUCUAAGAAAAAUGGAAGACAACGGUUGUGCUCCAGACAAUGUCACUUAUAAUGUUAUUGUCCAAGGAUUUCUCAAGUGCAACAAAAUUAAUGAAAUGGCAUCUUUUAUGAAGGAAAUGGCUGGAAGGGGCUUCUCAUUUGAUGCAACUACAGCUGGUUUUUUGGUAGACGUUGUAAGGGAGAAUUCUUCUGUCCUUGACAUGAUACCAGAGCUUCAAUCGAAAAAUAAGAAGUGAACAUUUCUUUUGUUUGGUUCAUUUGGCUACGCUAUCACUGUGAUACAGCUUCCUUUUUAUCCCUGCAAAAGAAAUGGCGUCCAAUGCAUUUGCCAAAUGUGAUGGCAAUUAGAACAUCGCUUGAGCUUUCCAGACAUCAGUUUUGAUUUGAGAAAAAAUGGUGACAUACUCAUUCUCUUAAAAAAGAAAUAAUGGAAAUGACUGGAAGGGGCUUCUCAUUUGAUGCAACUACAGCAAAGUUACUGGAAUCCAAUGCAAUUGUGGAAGAUGAAAAAUGAAAAU